UUCAACCUUGUUUGUUUACAUUUCGUCCGGUAUCGAAUGUAAAAUUCGUAAUCAAAAAUGCCUGGAAACGGUAAAUGUAUCGUUCCACUUUGCGGAUCGAGAAAAGGUAAAAAAUCUUGUAAAAACAUAAGUUUUCAUGAAGUGCCCGCUCAUUUCGAUUUAAGAAGAAAAUGGAUCGCAAGCAUCGAACCUUUGAUGAAUGAAGAUGAGAAGUCAUGGAUACUUAGUGAGAGGUCGGUUGUCUGCAGUUUACACUUCCCAGAUACUGCAUUUAAAAAUAAUGCAACAAGAAGAAUUUUAAUUCGUGGCAGUGUACCCAGCUUAUUUAACAGAGAGGUACCAAUUUCACCAUCAGAUGUUGAAGACGAAAUGCAAGAAAUCCAGCCAACUAAGAAGGUUGAUGCUGAAAAAGGUGGAAAAGCUCCUCAUCUUGUUGUUUUAAAAGAAAAUGUAAACAAUCAGCUGAAAACAUUUAUUCCCGAGGACACUGCUUUGGAUGAUGAACAUAGUGUUGGAAAUGACUCAAUUUGUGUAAAUUUUUCAGAGAAUUCUGUUUACAGCAGUCCUUCAAUUUCUCCAUGCAAAACAAGAAGAAAGGCGCCAAUUAAAUUACAAUCGGCACAGAGAAGUAUUAGACGACUAAAAGCAAAAAUCCGCAAAAUACAAGCUGAGAGUGAACAUUUAAAAGCAGAAAAUUCAAAUCUGAAAGACAAAUUAAUAAGAUACAACAUAAAUAGUUUAGAAGACGCAUCGGAGGAAAAAUAUCCCAAAGCUAUUUUUUUGAAAGAUCAGCUUAAUGCACUAAACAAGAGAAAGGUUAACUGGUCUGACUUGUCAAUGGAAUAUGCUAUGGAACUGUACAAUAAAUUUCCUGCAUCUUAUAACUUUUUGAGGGAGAAAGUAUUAAAUCUUCCCUCACGGUCAACAAUUAAACGUUGCUUACUCAGAGACGCUAAAUUUUCUGAAGCCUGUUCUGUUGCUUCUCCAGUGCCAAAUUUCGAUACUCCACAAAUAUCAAGUUCUAAUGCUUCGCCAGCACCAAAUUUUAGUGCUUCACAAAUAUCAAGUUCUGAUGCUUCGCCAGUACCAACUUUCAAUGAUUCACAAAUAUCAAGUUCCGAUAAUUCGCCAACAUCAAACUAGCCAUUUCAUCAUAAAUAC